AUGCCCCUGAUCUCAGUCCUAUCAUUGGUGUUCGGAGUAAGCCAUCUUCCUCCAUCGGUGCUACGGCGAAAGAUCUUAGCCAUGAUGAUCAUCCCAAUGUUGCCAAUUUUCACCGGGCACUCAUCAUUAUGGCACAUAGAGGCGAUCAAAGAAGCGACUCGAGCACAGAUCAGCUCAGAUCCAUCUAUACAUCCGAUCCGUCAUCUUGCUGCAAAAGCCGAUGUCGAAUUUAAUGCAAUGGUCAACAGGCAAUCUCGAACACUGGACGCCUGUUGCGCGGAGUACGAACGCCGGUACGGACGCAAGCCCCCGCUACAUUUUGAUAAGUGGUUCCAAGCAGCCCAAGAUCAAGAUUUCCUGUUGACAGACGAGUUUGAUUCCAUGAUGGCAGCUAUGGAGCCGUUGUGGGGUGUGGCUCCGUCUGAUAUUCGAGCGCGUCUAGAAAACGUAAUCGCUGCAAGCCAAGGGGAAGGCAUGUAUCGCUUUACGGUCUCCCAGGUCACAAAGCCCACAUUUACCAAUCCAGCAAACUGGAUGGGGUCAACAUUUAGCUACUGGUUUGAACCAGAGAUCCUUGAAACCUUGCCUGAUAUGACUCUUGCGAUGAAUACUAUGGAUGAACCUAAAGUCGUGGUCCCCUACGAUAUGCUGUCUCACGUCAUGGAUGCUGCUCGAAAUCCGCGCGAGGGCCCUCCGUUACCUGGGAAAUUCCCCAGUCUUGCUCAACAUGUUGACUUUCUGAACAUCGGGAGGCAGAAUACUUGGGAUGCAUUAUCGGUAUCUUGCCCCCCUGACAGUGUAGUACGGGACUAUUCUUUGGAGACCAACCGCUCUCCUUUCUUAACUGAUAUGGGCUUUCUUUCCAACUUGACUUUGAGCAAGGAUGUUUGUCAGUUCCCUGAACUUCAUGAUAUGCACGCUGGCCUUCGUCACCCGGCAUCAAUGACGAUUACCCAUUCACUGGUCCCGGUCUUUUCGCAGGCAAAAGCGACUUGCUUUAACGAUUUGCUGUACCCAAGUCCGUUUUAUGCCGAAAAACUGCGAUCGGGAGAGUACAAGGAAAAGUACGAUGUGAGCUGGGACGAAAAAGAGAACAUUGUUUACUGGACCGGGUCGAAUACGGGAGGCUGGUCCACAACCGAGAAUUGGAGGUCUUUACAGCGACAGCGCUUGGUGUUGAUGGCCAUGGACGAAAGCCACCCUAUUAGCUUGCUUAAUCGGACCCAGCGACCGGAUGGUAAAAACUCGGAAUGGGUAUCCAUUAAUUCCACCAUUGCAGCCAUCUCAAACUCCACCCGGGUGCGGAUCUCGGCCGCCAUUCAAUGCGAUGAUAAUGCAUGCAGGGAACAGAGCGAUGAGUUUAAAAUCAAAGCUGGCAACAGAGACGACAUCACCGAUGGUUAUACGGCACGGUACAAUCUCGACAUAGAUGGAAAUGGUCUCAGUGGGCGCUUCUACCGCCUUCUAAUGUCUAAGUCGGCUGUUCUGAAGCAAACUCUUUACCAAGAGUGGCAUGAUGACUGGCUGAUUCCAUGGGUGCACUACAUACCGAUCAGCAUGGAUCUCCGAGAUUUCCCCGAAAUUGUUCGCUAUUUGACCCAAGAGCCAGAGGGACAAGCUCUGGGCCGGAAGGUUGCUCAAAACAGUUACGACUGGUCACGCCGUGUACUUCGUAGUGAAGACAUGAGGCUGGUUUGGUGGCGACUAAUGUUAGAGUAUGGAAGACUUGUCAACGAUGAUCGAGAGCAAAUGGGGUACGAGAACAACCCGAUCAUCUAA